AUGAUGGUCUUUGUGCGGUUUCAAAAUGGAAGGAAUAAGACACGAACAAACGGUCUGGAAGAGGCAGAGGAACAAAAUCAAGCCACCCUACAUAGGCUAGAUCGAUGCGUUUUCCUUGACCCGAUAACGGACAACCUGUGUAACAAACACAUCAUACAAAUAUGCAAAAAUUAUUUAACGAACAUGUUAUUUUACGUGCACAAGUGGGGCUCCACUAAUGGAGAUAUAAAUUAUAAGGAGUGUAAAGAAAUAGCAAAAAUGAAAAAGUUGUUUAUUCAGAAGGUUAACAAUUUAAAGGCCUUCAAUGCAGAAAAUAAUCUCUACAUCAGCGAUGAGUCCUUAAUAAAAAAAAUUAUGGUUCGAGACAGCACGGUCAACCACCAUCAUUAUCACAGAAAUGAAAUGAAGGAAGCGAGUAAUUUUUGCAAAAUAAGCAAGUACGAGCAAGAGUGUGUGAAGGCACACUACAUCCCCAAUGGGAAGCGUUUAAGGAACAACAACAAUGGAGAGUAUAUUUGUAUGCACUACAAGAACAGACAUGAAUUAAUUCUUCGCGUGAUCAUUAACCGGCUUGGAACAUUUUACUUUUUCAUUUUUUUUACAUCCUUUUUACUUCAACAGACAUAUUAUUUUAGGACAAAUAAUUAUACAUACUUUGCUCUUAGUUUUUUCUUCCUCUUCUUCUUUUCUGCAUUGAAAGAUAUUCACACAAUAGCUCAGCGGAUAGGUACUGAGCGGAGGGUGAACGCUAAGACGUGCAGGCGGGUCACUCCUGUUGGCUUGAUGGAUGUCCCUUGCGCUGAGGUCAAGGUGGGUGACGUACUUUACCUGGAAGAAAACGACGAAAGCCCCGCAGACCUGGUUCUGCUAAAGUGCGGCCACGAUGACGUGUACGUGUCUUCAAAAAAUCUAGACGGAAAGACAGACCUUAAAAUGAGGAAGAGCAUUCUGCUUACGUCUUACUUACCCAGUAUUUAUGACCUGUUCAGGUUAAAAAUAAAAGUGAUGCUUGAAAAACCGCAUAAACGGUUGGACAAAAUGAACGGCUUGUUUAUUCUUAAUAAUUAUCACUCCUUUGUUAAUAGUAUGUACAACGACUUGGUAUGUUUGCAAAACACAUUUUUCAAAAAUGACACUAGCGAGUUUCAUCAUGGGAGCGAGGUUUUUAAUUAUGUCAUUGAGGACACCUAUAUUGAGAAGACGUACCAAUGUGUAGAUUUCCUCAUACGGAGGUCUGCAGUCACUUUUAAAGAACCAUCCGUCGUGGGUGCCUGCACAAGUCCUCCACCCGAGGGGGAUACAAUUGUCGCAACUAACAAGGCUGCCCAUCUUGGCUACGUCUCCAGCACAGACUUCGUCAAACGCGUAAGCGGAUCACAGGACACCCAUUUCGAAAGCUACAUCAGUAAAUUUCACUCUCAAUGUUCAUCACUUAUCUUACGUGACGAAAAUGAAGAAAGUUACAAAGAACAAAUUGGUACAGAAAAUGUCAUCUGGUGUGGUAGCAAGAUAGUGCGGGGCAAAGUAUAUGGUCUCGUGGCCUACGCAGGAGCAGAUAAGAAAACAAGCAUUAUGGUGAGUAGGGGAAAAAAAAUAUCAGGUGGAGAGUGUAAAGGGGAAUGGAGAGCAUUAUGGAUGUGGCUAAUUCUGGUAUUAAUCAUAUGUCUCUACUUAUGCUUACAAGAAGAAAAGCCACUUGGAAAAAGCGCCUUGAUAAUAUUUGUUAGGUACGUCCUCCUGCUACUCCCAUACACGCCCUACGUCAAUAACAUGUACGCCUACUUCAUCAGCAGAAUUUCGUUUCAUAUGUUACGGAAGGGAAAAGCCAUUCCACACUUUUCUCUGCUUAACUUUGACAUCGCUGAUCGGAUUAGCAGUACGUCUUUUCUUUUGUGCGACAAGGAUGAAGUGGUCGGUGGACUGGGUUUGAAGCUGCGCGGGGUGCACUUUCUGCUUGACAAGUUGGAAGACAAGAGUGGGGGUAGUAGGCACAAUGACAGUCGUAGGGAUGGCCACAAGGGUAACCUUUCCUACUGGAGAUGCCUCUUGCAAGCACUUCUACACCUUGUCGACUUCAACCCAUACGUGUGUGCACCCCCUAAAGAGGGGCCCCAAAGGAACAGUGCAUUUUUGAAAAGCAUAGAUCGGCACAGCCUCCCACUGGACGGCGGAAGGAAAGGCGAUAAAGCGGACAAGUUGUACAGAACAAUCUUGAGUGAUAUCUUAAAUUGCACCACGGAAAAAUCGAACAAAAUGUUUCUAACCCUUUUGUGCAUGCUAUUUUGCAAUAUAACAAUGGUUAGCAGAAGAGGGGUUCUAGAAAAAAAUGAAAAAGAGCGUACGUUACAUUCAAAGUGGGAUUCCAUUUACUCUCCACGCCUGGAGGAAAAUUUGUUCAUAGACUUUGUGAAGUCCUGCGGAAUGGACAUUUUUAAAAAAGAUGAGUCCAAAAUUUCUGUUGGAAUUUUAACUCCUACGAUUAUACACAAUGGAAAAGGGGAAAACAAAAAAAACGGUCUGAGUAAAAAUAGCAGGGCCAAAGGGACGGAGAAAAAUGUGCGCAAUAACUCGAAUGAACGCUCUUCGGAGGGGAGGAAACACAAGAAGCAACAAAAAAAAAAAAAAAAAAAUUAUGAACAGGUCAGGCAAAAAUGCUGGCAUUUUAAAAACUCUCUACAAAGUGGCGGCAUUUUUAAAUUGUCCAACGUGGCGGAAAAGGUAGACAGGGGCGAGGUGAAACGUGAGCGGUUGCGCGUCUUUAAUAACGAGUGGGAGGAACGCCCAGGAAGUAGUAGUGGUAGCGGCAGAAGAGGUCGUUUCAGCAGGAGCUGUGGGAAAAGGCGCACCGCCAGAAGUGGACGGCAUGGUCGUUGCCGCCCAGGUAAUGGGGACCAAAAGGGAAUAAGGAAAAAGGUGAAGACAUACAAUUUUGAAAUCAUAGAAGGACUGUCCCUAGACUGUAACGAUCAAGUCAUAUGCACCCUCAUCUCGUACAAUGAAAAAAUAUUCAAUCUGGUUAAGGGGCCUGAUGAAAAGAUUGCUAAUAUGUUGUCUUGUGAAAGGGGAAAAAAAAAACUGAGGUCGAUUUUAAGGCUCUUUUGUGCCAAAGGCUUUCGCGUAGUUGUUUUUGCCUUCAGAGAAGUUGCACAGAACGAAUUAGAUGAAUACAAAAGGGUUAGUAACGAAGAGCAGAAGAAACUUUUUUUUAAAAAUGUGUUCGCUAACAAUAUAAAUGUGCUCGCCAUUGCGAUGCUAAAGGAAGCCAUCCAUGAACAGGCAAAAAAGUGCUUUGAUUUGUUCAAAAGAGCGAAAAUAAAAACGUGGAUUCUCUCUGGGGAGAAGAAGGAAAGUGUUAUAGCUACCUCCACGUCUUUACAGCUGCUUAAACCAAGGCAUUACGUUUGUCACUUGAGUAAGGGAAGGCUCACACGGUUGUUACGGAACAGAAUGGGGGCAUUGGAUGCGUUCCAGGGUAGAGGCCUAUCGGGUACGUACACCAACUGUGCUGUCCACUUGGGGGCAUCAUCACCCAGUGAGGGUAUAACUCUUCGAAAGGGGACGUUAUCCCCGUGCAACAUCUGCAGUGAAGACUGUGCCAGAUGCGAUCACGAAGACUAUAUGAUGCAAAAGAAUAGAAAUUCACACAAAUUGGUUGUACCCAGACAUGAUGCAAUGCAUGAAACAUGCGCUUCCAACGGGUGCGUCAAGGGGGGUGUUGACAGGGGUACGGUAGACAACAAUGAAACCGUAAAUUGCUUUGAAGGAGAAUUGCAGCGUACCCAACAGACGUGUGGGGACACUAACACUGUUUUGUUCCAUUCCACAGCUGGAAGUGUCUUACCCAAAAGGGCGACUAAAAUGAUUUCACUACAAGACGAUGGAGCUUUAACAAAUGCACUCAGCGAAAUGCUGCACCAGUUUAGCUGCCCAUUUAGGGGAGCCGAGAAAAAAGGGAAGCUUGACGGGGAAUGCCAAGGGGGGAACAUGCAAAACGAACAACACCUUGGGCGAAGGAGCGAUACACAAAAGAAACUCCGUAAAGUUCCCCCUCCUUAUAACAGUGUUUACAUUGUCAAGGGAGACAUAAUUGACUACUACUUAAAAUACGGGAAGAGGGAAUUCAUAAGGGCAUUAAUCCAAUCUCGGUGCGCCCUCUUUUACGACUGCAACUCUAUGCAAAAAGGGAAAAUAGCUAGGUGUUUGCGCAGUGCAGUAGAUGGAAAUCAUGGGGGCGGAGGCAUUUUAUGCUCAGUAGGAAACCAUGCAAAGGACUUAAACAUGUUUAAUGAGUCAGAUAUAGCUAUCCGGGUGAAUAAGCAUAAAGACACUAAUGUCAGUAACCUCUACGCAGAUAUCGAGGUGCAAUCAUUUGAAGACCUUGGGUGUAUAUUUUUUUUAUAUGGUUACAGAAUUAGCGAGAAUGUUCAUUCCUUCCUUUUGGCUAGCUAUUACAGAGGAUUUACAUUUCUAUUUUUACAAUUUUUUUUUUCUUACUUUUUCGCUAGCUGGUUAUCGAUCUUUUCCAACAUUUGCCUGCUCACUUUUUUCGCCUUUUUGUUCAUCAUUACAUUUGUGAUGAUUUCCACUUCGCAGAAUGAUGAGGCGUGUGUAGGGUACUCUGGUGGGGCUAACUGCCAUCUGUUGCAGAGAAAUGCAAUGCGCAAGGGGGAUUUACAACGCAGGUUGUUUUCCCUAAGAUGGCUUUGUGUUGCCAUGUGGGUUGCACUGUACCAGGCCUUUGUCCUAUUCAUGCGAGGUUAUUGCACACACUACAUGUGGGGUGGUUUACCCGAUUGUACUAAUCCCCUAGGGCAUUUUCCCACCCAACGAGAUCACCGCUACCUCCUCGGCAUACAUAACGAAAUGUACGUGUUUCCUCCCUUAUUCAUCACGCACCUGUUGCACAGUGUGCUUUUCCUUCCUGCUGCAAAACGAAAUUGUUAUUUCCUCCUGCUUGCAGCCAUAUUCAUUUUAUUUUUAAUCGCCUACAAAAUUGUAUUAAGCACACUACAUGAUUCUCACAUGGAAUAUUUUUUCAAAUUUGAUUUCGCCUUUUGUGCAUACACUACUGUUACUAUUUGCCUUGUUAAUGUACCGCUUGUUAUAUAUUAUGUGUUUUUAAAAUGCACAUCACGGGGAGCCAAGUCGGCACUUAGGCAUAUGAAGCAUUCUUUUGAAAGUCUUUGUUCUGGUAGCCAUCAAAUUGUUCAUAUUGGAAGUGUGAAUUCUUCCCUCGAUGCUGUCGCCUCGUUUUGCGAGUGA